AUGUCAGCAUAUUUUCUGCAUUGGCUGAAGUUUUCCCUGGUGUGCAUCACGGUUAUUGUUGUCACCAUCUCCAUUGUAACAUGCGGUCUAAGUACAAAAAAGAAUGCUAAAGUCGCAUGGAUGUAUUGGAAAGCAGCCAAGGCGUACACUGAAUUUGAAUUCCAACAGGUCAUGAAGUCACUGUCCCGUUUGCACCCUGAGGCAACUGCAUACUUGUAUGAAGUGGGUUUUGAUCGAUGGGCACGAGCAUAUUUUCCAGGGCAUAGGUACAAUGUAAUGACUACCAAUAUUGCUGAGUCAUUUAACGCCUUAGUCAAACAUGCUCGAGGUUUACCUAUUACUAUGCUGAUCGAGUUCAUUAGAGGUACAUUACAGCGAUGGUUUUAUGAAAGAAGAAAUCAUGCCAAUGCUUGUACCAGUCCAGUCACACCUUGGGUUGAAGAUAAGAUCGCAAAACGUGUACGGAAGUCAUCGAACUUAGAAGUGCGUCCUAUAACAACUGAGCGAUACCAGGUUCUUGGUAGUGGCCAAUGCCAAUAUGAUGCCCUGGUAGACCUGACGGAGCAUACAUGUACUUGUAGAAAUUUUCAAUUAUCAAAGAUUCCCUGCAUGCACGUUAUUGCUGUAGCCAGAUAUAUGAAGCUUACAACUUGCCUUCAAUGGGUGCAUUCAUACUAA